GCUAAUUCCUCUCUCUCUCUUUCUCUCCCCCCUCCCCCCAACCAUCUCUCUCUCUCUCUCUCUCUCUGAACUUAUUUUUUGUGGUAUACCAUCUACAGAGACACAGUUUGUGUGUUCACUUUUGAGCUGUUUUCAAGCAGAUUACACCCUGAUAUGACAUGGAGACUUUCACUUUUAAAGGGCUACAGAAUAUUAGUGAAAGUUAUGAUUAUAAUUAUACUGACGCUGAUUGUUGUGGAGAAGUGUGUGAUCAGCACACGAGUAUGCAUUUUGAAGCCAUCUUCACUCCCAUUCUGUACUCUGUGGCAUUUGUGCUGGGUAUGAUGGGAAACGGCCUAGUGCUUGUUGUACUAUGUCAGAAGAGGCGGACAUGGAGUGUGACAGACGUCUUUGUCCUACACCUGAGCGUGGCCGACAUACUGUUACUCCUCACUAUGCCACUUUGGGCAGUGAAUGCAAUGUAUGGAUGGAGUUUUGGCACCCAGCUCUGCAAGCUCGCCGGAGCGCUGUUUAAGAUCAACUUCUACAGUGGCAUCUUCCUCCUGGCCUGCAUCAGUCUUGAUCGAUAUUUUUCUGUAAUUCAUGCGGUGCAGAUGUACUCACGCACAAAACCAUUACGUGUGCAACUCAGCUGCAUGGCUGUUUGGUUCUUCUGUUUUCUUCUCUCUAUCCCUGACUUAAUGUACCUGAAGGCUGAAAACGACCCGAGACGUGGCACAAAAAUUGAGUGUGAUCACCAUUACCCAUCUACUACACUCCGUCUGGCAUCACGUGUGCUCUACCACGUGUUGGGCUUUUUGUUUCCUGCUGUGGUUCUGCUCUACUGUUAUUCUCGUGUUCUGCUGCGCCUGCAGUGUGGCUCUCAGGGUGUGCAGAAGCAAAGGGCUGUGCGAGUUGUCCUUGCCUUAGUGAUGGCAUUUUUCAUCACCUGGACACCAUAUAACAUCUCCCUGCUGGUGGACACUGUCUAUAACCACCAGAGCAACAACAAUAACACAACCUGUGCGACCAACAUAGUGAUGGACAUCGCCCUAGCUACCACCUCCACUCUGGGGUACAUGCACUGCUGUGUGAACCCGGUGCUCUAUGCAUUUGUCGGGGUAAAAUUUCGGCGCCAUCUGCUGGACAUGAUAAAGCCGAUCAGAUGCAGGAUGCAGACCCGUGUGGACACCCUGUCUCGCAAGAGCUCUGUGUGGUCUGCAGACACAUCACAAACAUCAGCCUUCUGAUGUGGCAGUACACUCUCUCUGCAGUACACUGAAGCAAAUUUGGAUUCAUGCAUCAAGUUUUGAAUAUAACAACUACAAAUAUUAGCUGAAGAUUCUCAAAACUUUGCUGACAAAUUAUUUUCCUCAAACAAAGAAAUAAUACAAUGAAAUCAUAAUACACUGUUCUUUAUUAUGUCAAAUAGGGUUCAUUAAAAACUAACAAAAACAAAAAGUAGAACAUCCAUACAAACUGAAUUUUUAUCAUUUUAUUUUAAUGAACUUGAGAAAUUCUCAAACAACAUAUUAUAUAAUAAUAACAUAUUCAAGAAUAAUAAGUACACAAACCAAGAAAGGAAAAGGUUUGUUUAUGACCUUUUGAUCAUAUGAUAGUGACUGGUCAUUUAUUUGUAAUCAUAGAUGAAUUAUAGAAAUUUCAGGGAAGUACAUGGUUAAUCCAUUUCUCAACAGCUCAUGCUUGUCUAGAAAGAUGUAUGCUGCAUAAUCUAAUAUUUUUUUGGCCUGGUCUGGAAAAGUUCAGACCAGGCACAGACCUAAAGGCUCUUUAGACAACAAAAUAUCUGUAGAUUAGCCUAGGUGUACCAUGCUUUCUUUCCUUGAUCUCAUUAUUAAUUUCCUUAGUCAGUGUUGUAUUUACUGAUAGAGUAGAUAAAUUAGUUUCUACUAUUACUAUUAGUGUGUUAAAAAGAAAGUAUUACAGAAACAUUUUUCCCAUGGAGAUGACUAAUUUCAUGACAACAGGAAAUUCAACAGUCUACAAUUUCUGAAGAAAUGCCAAGACUGAAUAACGACACCGCAGAAGAAGAUAAAAGGGUUGAUCUGACAUUGCUCUAAGAAUGAAUGGAUCAUCCUAAAGCUAAAAGACUUUACAAAAAUUGAGACAAUCUGAUUUUGUUAGCUCAAGAAGUACAUCAUUGCAAAACGCAAUUUUCUUAUCCUUCCUAUGUUUUUGCAAAAACUCAUGAGCAAAUGAUUUGACAAAAAAACAAACAAACAAAAAAAAACAACCUGAGGCUAAAUGUGUCAGAACAUCAUGUAUAUAUUUUUUUAAAAUAGUGCAGCUAAAUGUUUAUAUGCUUAUGCAUAUGUGUGUAUUUUCCAUCACACAUCUCAGUUGUAAUAAACCACAUUUACAGACAAAAAAGUCCUGAUGUACAAUGCUAGUGUAUUUCAUUUCCUUUCAUUUCAUUUCAUUGGGGAAGUCAUGGCCUAAGGGUUAGAGAGUCUGACUCCUAACCCUAAGGUCGUGGGUUCAAGUUUCGGGCAAGCCACGACUGAGGUGCCCUUGAGCAAGGCACUGAACCCAAAUCCCAUGGCGCCGUAGCAUAAAUGGCCUCCCACUGCUCCGGGUGUGUGUGUGUGUGUGUGUGUGUGUGUGUGUGCGCGCACACUGCUGUGUGUGUGCAAACUUUGGAUGGGUUAAACGCAGAGAACAAAUUCUGAGUAUGGGUCACCAUACUUAGCCGUAUGUCACGUCACUUUCACAAUUUCACUUUCAUUGUGCACUUUCUAACAGAGCUGUAGAUGGCAGUAUCAGGCAUAUUAUAGCUAUUAGGUUUAAAUACCAGCAAAUAGUGCAGCACAGCCUACUCCUAGUGAUAAACGUUUAUAAGAGCAUUUAUAUACAAGAGUAGAAAAAAUAUAAAUCUUAUUUAUAAAUGUAAAUUGUUAUUGUAUUUCAUACUCACUUUUGGUUGCUUAAGAUGUUUUCAGUAAAAGAUUAAAUAAAGACUUUAUUGUUGGUAUAAACAGACAUAUGGCUCUCAUCCUGGGUUGUGCUUAGGCAACUUAACAAAUAUAUACGCUAAUUGCACAGUUAGUUAACAAAGAUUUAUAAACACCAUUGUACACACACACACACACACACACACACACACACACACACACACACACACACACACACACACACACACACACACACACACAGAGCUCUUAAAAUCAUCAUGUAACAUUCAAUCUGCAGUUGUCAUUUUGCAAGUUAAAGCUGCCUCAGUGCAAAAGUUCACUUUACAGAGAACAGGAACUGCAAUGUGAAAACUGAGGCUCUUUUUUCUUCCUUACCAAGAAAUGUCAGACUUCC